CCAGCUGGCAGCAGCCUGGGUGUGGUGUGGGAGUGGUGUGGAAUGUCACAUGGGUUGCAAAGCUUGCAGGCUGGCUUGGUGUGAGGUCUGGACUGGAAGGAUCGCUACAACCCUAGCAGGCAGGGGCUGUCAGUCACUGCUCCACAGAGUAGCUAGGAGAGCAGGCAAAGCUGCAGAGCGGGGAUUUGGAGUCUGAGGGGUCUGGUCAGUUGCUCAGGUGACAUCCCAGGAAGUGCCAGAGGGACUCCUGCCUGACAGUGGCCUGGAGAGAGGAGCUGGAGCAGCCUCAGGCCCCUCUGUGUGUAUUGUUCCCCUGUGACUCCCGACCCUGAAGAAGGGGCUAAUUGCUGUCACAGUGGAGGUGGAUGCCCUCCGGAGUUGGAGGUUGAGCCUAGGCUUCAUGGAGCCACACAUCCACGAUGCCCAUGGUCUGUCCUCAGCGUCUGCAGGGGCAGUGCUUCACACUGAGGCCACCCAGCCUUGUUAGCCCUUCUUUUCAAAGUCCUUAACCAGCGUACCCACAGAACUCUGCCCAUGUGCGCCUACCCAUGUGUUCGGGGUCAGCUUUCCAGUCUUGUGGGGGAAGCUGGGCAUCUAGGAAGCAAUGGCUGAGGACACAUACAAACGAACAAUCUUCUACUUCUCAGCUCAGCAUGGUGGCGCACGUCUUUAAUCCCAGCAGAAGCAGAGGCAGGCCGAUCUCUGAGUUUGAGGCCAGCCUGGUCUACAGAGUGAGUUCCAGGGCAGUCAGCGCUACACAGAGAAACCGAGUCUCAGAAGACCACACACACACACAAAUAAUUAAUAACAAUAGUUUCUGCUUCUCGUCCAGGUGUUUGUGGCGCCAACACUUCACUUCCUCCUGGGCAUUGUUUGGACUGUUUUACUCACACGCUUUUUGGAUAUGUCAGGAACUCCCUGCUAACGUGGCUGCUCGUCCAGGUUGGAGAGAAGUAGCUCUCUCUGGACUGGGUACUUCACUGAGCUCCAUUGCCAGUUACUGCCACAAGUUGCUUGGGGCAUGUGGGCAAUAAACAUGCCACCCAGGCUCUGGGCACUUGUUCAGGCUUUGUUUUAAAGCCUGCACUCUCCCCCUCAGAAUUUGCCCACAGAUGUAAGCCUUGUGCUUGAACAGAGUCCUGACUGGGCACGCUAGCAUGUGUCUCUGUGAGUGAGGUCCUGGUUGGGAGAAGCCAGUGCCUACCUCUAUUUGAGCCCUGUUCUGGAUCCUGAGACCUUUUAUCUGGGCUAGGCUGGGUACUGCCAUUCUGGUUUGGUACCAUUUGAACUUGUGGGUCCUGCCCGACACUUUGAGAUUGGCUGUUUGCUCGAGUCUGGGACAUCCUGGAAGGAGCCUCCUACCAUGGCUGGGAGAUGUGAUGGUGGCUGCGACCUGGCCUGCCGUAGUGAAGACUCCUCUGUGAAUAACCAGUCAGGACCCCCCUCUCUGCACUGGGCCCUGGAAUUCAGUCAGGAGCUUAGCACGCUGCCGCCCUCAGGUUCCGGGCGUGGGGAGGCUGAGACUCGGGAGUGCAUCUACUACAACGCCAACUGGGAGCUAGAGCGCACCAACCAGAGCGGCCUGGAGCGCUGCGUGGGCGAGCAGGACAAGCGGCUGCACUGCUACGCCUCCUGGCGCAACAGCUCGGGCACUAUCGAGCUCGUGAAGAAGGGCUGCUGGCUGGAUGACUUCAACUGCUACGACAGGCAGGAGUGUGUGGCCACUGAGGAGAACCCCCAGGUGUACUUCUGCUGCUGUGAAGGCAACUUCUGCAACGAGCGCUUCACCCACUUGCCGGAGCCUGGAGGCCCAGAAGUCACGUACGAGCCACCCCCGACAGCCCCCACCCUGCUCACGGUACUGGCUUACUCGCUGCUGCCCAUUGGGGGCCUCUCCCUCAUUGUCCUGCUGGCCUUCUGGAUGUAUCGGCAUCGCAAGCCUCCCUACGGCCACGUGGAUGUCCAUGAGUCCUUGCUUUCCCAGGACCCCGGACCUCCACCCCCAUCCCCUCUGGUGGGCCUGAAGCCACUGCAGCUGCUAGAGAUCAAGGCUAGGGGUCGCUUUGGCUGCGUUUGGAAGGCUCAGCUCAUGAAUGACUUCGUGGCUGUAAAGAUCUUCCCACUCCAGGACAAGCAGUCGUGGCAGAGCGAACGGGAGAUCUUCAGCACGCCAGGCAUGAAGCACGAGAACCUGUUGCAGUUCAUUGCUGCUGAGAAGCGAGGCUCCAACCUGGAGGUGGAGCUGUGGCUCAUCACAGCCUUCCACGACAAGGGCUCCCUCACGGAUUACCUCAAGGGGAACAUCAUCACCUGGAACGAACUGUGUCAUGUGGCAGAGACAAUGUCACGAGGCCUCUCGUACCUGCACGAGGAUGUGCCCUGGUGCCGUGGCGAGGGCCACAAGCCUUCUAUUGCCCACAGGGACUUCAAAAGCAAGAAUGUCCUGCUGAAGAGUGACCUCACUGCUGUGCUGGCAGACUUUGGCCUGGCUGUUCGGUUUGAGCCGGGGAAGCCUCCAGGGGACACCCAUGGGCAGGUUGGCACGAGACGGUACAUGGCACCUGAGGUACUGGAGGGAGCCAUCAACUUCCAGAGAGAUGCCUUCCUGCGCAUCGACAUGUACGCUAUGGGGCUGGUGCUGUGGGAGCUGGUUUCUCGUUGCAAGGCUGCAGAUGGGCCUGUCGAUGAGUACAUGCUGCCCUUUGAGGAGGAGAUUGGCCAGCACCCUUCACUGGAGGAACUGCAGGAGGUGGUUGUCCACAAGAAGAUGAGGCCCACCAUUAAGGAUCACUGGCUGAAGCAUCCGGGCCUGGCCCAGCUCUGUGUGACCAUUGAGGAGUGCUGGGACCACGAUGCCGAGGCUCGCCUUUCUGCGGGCUGCGUGGAAGAGCGGGUGUCCCUCAUCAGGAGGUCGGUCAACGGCACUACCUCGGACUGUCUAGUCUCUCUGGUGACCUCCGUCACCAAUGUGGACCUGCCCCCUAAAGAGUCCAGCAUCUAAGCCUAGGAUACGAGCGUCUCUCCAGACUCAGUGGAUCUGAAGAUAAAAGGAAAAAAGUUGUGUUUUGUUUUGGAAAUCCCAUAUAACCAACAAACACAUAAAAUGCAGCUGCUAUUUUACCUUGACUUUUAUUAUUAUUAUAAUUAUUAUUAAUAAUAUUAUUUUUGGAUUGGAUCAGUUUUUACCAGCAUAUUGUUCUACUGUAUUGCAAACAGCGGACACGUCAGCAGGCGUUGAGGUGCUGAGCUGUGAAUGCAGAACCAGCGCCGUGCUGAAGAGCCUCAGCCACCUCCUGUCCUUCGGGAUCUGUUCCCCCAGCGUUCUCUUUGUCGUCUCAGCGUCUGUAACACAAAGAAACCCAUCUCCUGUCCUAGGAACCUCAAUGCUGCAAUCUCUACUAGAGGAACCUUUGAAGACUGUUACAUGAACAUACCCUUGCUCAGAAGAGGGUCCCCCUACCCCUUUAUUUUGUGUUUCUCCCUUUUCAGGCAGUGAGCUUAAGAAAUGGCAGAUGUGUCUUCAUGGAUCGGAUGGGUGUCAUCCUGACCCAGCAGAGGGAAACAGAGAUGAGGAGGAUGGUUUAGACCCAAGUUGGAAGGGAGGAUGUUUCUGGGGCGGGUUGGGAGCAGAGCUACACUGGACUUGGGCACAUUUGGAGCAACACCCUUGGCUAUGGAGGCUGUUUUCUCAGGUAACAAGGGAUCGAGGGCAAGGACCUUCUGAGGGCCGAGCAGUAAUAAUGGCAUGCACAGGCAGGGUCUGGGAAAGUCCAGGAGCGGGGCCAGGCUGCUCUGCCUGCCCGUUUUCUUCAUACUAACUUGGGCUUGCCCACAGGAGGAAAUACUACCUUGCUGGCGUCUUAAGACUAGGUGGGGGCAUUACAGCUUAGUGGACGUUCUUCGUUAGACAUGAUGGAUGCUGUGGAUCUCUUUAUGGAGGAGACACCGAACUGCAGUUUCCUGUUGGCAGUUUGGGGAGACGCCUGUGGCGCCCACUGCACGGGGUGAGUGGCCCAGAGGAUCCCUGGGUGGGCGCCUUGCUGGCCUGCAGCUCUGGCUUGGCCCCAUGCAGCGGCAUUAUUGGCUCCUGUCUGAGGCUCCUGGACACGGCUUUCUCUGGACCCUUUAAAGCGGUGCAUGGUACAUAUUCUAAAACUGUUUUCUCAUACGCCAUAACCUUGCUCCGGGCGGUGAAUGUUCCUAAUGCUGCUGUUUCGACAUUGGAAUUUUUUUUUAUUUAUGAAACAUGCUAAAUUUUUUUUUCAGACAGAACACACACAUCCACAUAUAUACACAUCCUUUGCUGUGUGGCUUCCGAGGUUUAAAUUUUAAAAUGUAAAGGAAGUAACUUCACGACCACAGACCACCUCAAACCAGAAAUACCUCAGAAUUUUCUACUUGUGUAUGUUUUAUUAAUUAUAUAUUUUGUUAGUUGUGUUGUCUUGUAGGAAGUAUAUUUUAAUGUGAGUUGGGUUUUAUGACAAGGAAGUUUAAAAGAAAUAAUAGAGAAAAAGAAGAAAAGCUUGUGUCUUCUAGCCAGCACUACCAUUUUGUUUGCUAGGAGCUUCUUGUAAAUAGCAGCCAUCAGCCGUGGGUCGCUGUCUGAGCUGGCUGGGCAUGCAUCGCGCUGGGUUAGGCCGGAUUUAAACAGCACAUCUCUGUCUGGAGGGUAGGCCACUUCCUCCUGGGUUGCUUGGAGGGCCAGGUGUUGUUCCUUAAGUCCCCUGGGUAGUAUUCAGGAUGACACCCCUACUUUAACUCAGCAGAACCACAGCCCUCAGGCCCAGGUGAGGUAGAAGUGGAGGGUUAAUUCCUUUGGCUCAGCCUGUGACUAUGCUGUGAAAUCUGGGAGGGCGCAGCUCAGAGCUGGGCAGCUGCUCCCUCAGCUUGUGGUGUGUGGUGCCCGGGGAAGCCUGGGCUUGUUCUUUUCUGUGGGUGUUUGUGUACAGGGUGCUGAGGAAGGCCAGUUGACUUCCCUCUCAGACCUUGGUCCUCGUUUCUGUGGAUCACCGUGGGCUGGCCAGGUAGUUGGGGGACAUGGACUUUGUUUGUGUAAGCUCUGUGUGUCCCCUUCUCCCCCCGCCUGACUUUGUGCUUCGGGAUUUCCUUCUCUCAGAAAACCUUUUUCCUAGCGAAACAGGUCUUACAGCAGUUGCUUUUCCUUCCCACCUCUUUCUUUAAGAAGCUUUAAAUAUUUAUUGAAAAGUGCCAUAUCUGCUUUCUUUAGCUUUCUCCUCAGGCAGUGGAGAGCUCUACUUUUGACCCUUAACAAACCACUAAGAAGUGUAGAUCCUUCGCUGCGGGAGUGACCCAGUCACCAGUCACACACUGUGCCAAACAUUAAACCUAGAUUCCCUGUGUGCUCUUGUGACCCUGGGUGUUUUUCUCUUGUGUGCUGGCUUGGUUUUGUCAUAGCAUCUCGGCCUGGCUGAGCUCUGGUGUAGAACAUCCCACUCAGGGCAGGCCUGAUAGCGUUUCUGGGGGUGGCUUCCCACUUUGCUGACUCUGUGUCCAGCCACAACAGUGUCCUUGUCAGGCCUUUGCACCAGAAUGGAGUGUCACGAGGGGGUACCUGUUUGGUGUGGCCUGGAGAAGGGAGAGUUGGGGUGGUGGUGUCUGUGAAUAGGGGCUGGAGACCGCCUUGAGCCUUCGGGUAACAUACCCAGUUGCUCAUGGGAGCUAGGUGCUCUUCCAGGGUGGCCCUUGUCCCUCCCUCUCUCUCUCUCUCUCUCUCUCUCUCUCUCUCUCUCUCUCUCUCUCUCUCUCUUUCUUUUUGUGUCCAGUGGGGUCAUAGGGCCUCUGCCUUCCACUCUGUCACAGAUUUUAUGUCACUUUUCCUUCUAGUCCCCUGUCCCUAAGCUUCUGGAAGCCUGAGGAAGUCCCCGUGUGUUCAGAGGGAUGAGAUCAGUCAGGAGAGAAGCAGCUGGAGAGUUCUUUUCUCUUCACUGCAUGCUGUGGUCCAGAUAGGCUCCUGUGGCCAUGGGCUUUGGCAGAGAAUGUUCUGGUUGAAAAUCCCUGUGAUAACAGGCAGUCAUCCGUUGCUAAAGACUUCUGUGGCUGUGUCAGAGAAGGACAAAGCAAAUGAAGACAGGGCUGCCAUGUCGUGGGGCUCUGCAGAAGACCCUCAUGGACGGCAAGGAAGACCAUAGACAGCCAUUAGCGUCUGGGCUAACAUGGGCUGCCCUGGUGCCCCCAACACCAGAUGCACAGGGACGUGCUGGCCCUUCUGCUCAGACCUCCACAGCAAAGGGCAGACCUGCUUCUCAUCACGAGGCUACCAGGCUUGCCGGGUGCAGCUGGGUCAGCCCUUCCUGACAAGGCUUGGUGCUUCUAGCAUAGAGUAUGUUCCUGCCGUGCCCUGUCCUCCCUGCCUGCCUGGACAACACCCUUGACCCUCUCUGUCUUGCUACUCUGUCCUAGGCCUUGGGCUUUAUAAAGGAAUUUUCUUGGUGGCCAGCCUAUAUCUAUUUAAUGUUUGCCAUGUGUUUUGGCUCAGCCUGGCAUGUGGUGGUUCCUAAGCUUAGCCGCUUAGGCAAAGAAGUGACUGUUCCACCCAGAGCUAGAGGACUGGCUGGCUCUCUCUCUCACUCACACACAGAGUUUCACUUUUGUAGUGUGUGAAGUUUAGUGUACACUGCUGGGUAGGAGGAUGUCUUGUUUUUCCUAAAUAAUUAAUACAGCAAAAGCUCACUGUACUAGAGUUGAAUUCCUGCCGCUGUUCUCAAGAACUCGGCUCAUAGAUGCGUCCCAGAUCACAGGAAAGUUUCAUUCAGCUCAAGCUUCACCAUCGCCUGUUUCAUCCUUUGGGACUUGGUGGCGCGUCCGGAGAGGUGAUUCCGGAGCAGUAGGCGACACCUUUCCCAGAAGUGCUGUGUGCCGUCCAACCAUCCUUCUGCUAACUGGGGAACCGGCCAGAAAGGGUGACGGCAAGGUGUCCCUUUCCUCUCAGCUUGGGUGACGGGACCUCCCCUUCAUCACUGGCUGUUUGUAAAGGCUAAAUUUCAGCAGCUGGCUUGUUUGGCCUGGUGUUGAGCUUAAAUCCCAGCUAACAUUGUUUUAGAUAAGUAUGCUGAGUAGUUCAGCCGAUGAGUCCUUUACAGUCUAGGCGCCAAACUUUCCGUGCACCCAGGAUUUAAUGCGUAGUUCCUUAUGUGUGCUUCGGGGUAGCUCUGCAGCCAGCAAUCCUGCUGGGAAUGUACCCCAGACCUCUGGGAGGUUUAGGGAAGUGUUUUGGGAUAAUGAUAAGUUUUAUAGAACAUUAAAUUAAGUUUAAAACACUUCCUUGGGAAUCAAUUAGUUGAUUCCAACACACUUUAAAAAAAUUAGUUCAAUCAAUAAAUCAGCCCAAGUUCUUUGGUGGGCUCUUGGGAUAUUGCUAUUUGGACUGCUUUGCAAUUGCUGUAAGUUACUGUUGGGCUGACAAUUUGAACUGAGAUCGGGAACGCCUACAUCUUUUUUUCUAAACCAAGUUUAGCAUUUUCAUGCUGGCGUCUUCCAGGCGUGAAGGAAAGAAGACUUUGCCCUUGCGGUGCUAUACCUGUCUCCUUAGUGCCCACGCCAGCGAGCGCCACUUCCCCAUCCACGGAAGCACCUGGCAACGUUUCCCUAAAGAAUUAAAACGCCUGCGUGGGGCAGUGGGCUCUGCAUGGCCUCUUGUUCUCCAGGCCUCUGUCCGUGGACUGUCUAGGCUGAGUUAGCGUAGGCUGCCGCAUGGGUGCGCUUGGCUGCUGUCGGAACGGGGAGAUCUGGACACCUGCAGAUGAGACGUACUACAUUCGUUUGUAGACUGCGUGUUUGAGUUUACAGUUAGGAGGCGAGCGACCCCAUUAGUUUUUUUGGGGGGAGGGGCAAGCAAAGGUGGGUUUUAUGUGAGUGAACAAACACUGCCUCGAGUUCUGGAGCGCCCACCCUUCCCUGACUCCUGACCACUCUGCAUCAGUGUUGUAAAUAAGAGUAGUUCUAUUAAGAGAUGUCACUUGAAGUUUUCCUUACGAAGUCCGUAGCUCCACCCAUCUAUUUAGUUCUGUCACGUGACGUCGCCUCCACGCAGUGUGGAGAUUGUUUUGUACUACAGAUUAUUUUUAUAAACUAGUGAGUCGGAGUGAGAUCGCUUCUGUAAUCCAAGCCGAUGAGCUUUACUUUCAGGAUCGUGCGCACACUGGAGUACGAGGGCUGGAGCUUAGCGCUUGCAUGGGUUCCUGGAUACCCUGGCAGCCCGGAGUCGAUUUACGGGUCCCCGUUGCCCAGGCUCCACUCACAGGGCAGUGAGGCCUCGGUCCUGCUUCCUGCCUGUGGAGGGGACAGCGGCCGGGUGAAGGGAGGAGCUUGUAGUGGGUUUAAUUUAUGCUGAACAAGGGGUUCUGAGGUUGAAACUUUGCUCCUUUCGUAGAAGGUACCUGACUGGGUUUGGAAGUGGUAGCACAGAGCCCGAAGGACGCAUCUAGAGAAAGAUUUGAGCCACAGAAAACAUUCAAAUGGGAUUUGGUGGCCUGAGUUCUGCUAACCAGAACCAUCUAGGACCAUACUGAGCAGUUCUUUGGAAACAGUGGGGCUCAUGGAUAUAGUGCAGGAAUUAAAUGGAGGGUUCCCAGGCACAGUUUGUCCCUUUUGAUCAGGGCUGCUUUCUGCUCUGUUGUAAAGCAGGAACCAACAGAGGAAGCUCAGUACCCCAAUCUCAGAGCGGGGUGUCUUUCAGAUGCCUGCAAAGGGUUUCUGGCAAGGCCUAGGUGGCCUUCAUCUCAACUUUUGAUUUUGGGGGAGAGUGGGUGGGACUUUGCAUAGGGAUGGGGAGGUGGAUAAUUCAGCUAAAUCAUGUCCCAUGGCCAGUUCUGAGGUUCAGCCGAAGACCUCCUCCCUAUACUCUGCCUGCUGGCUCCAGCCUCCUGCUUAGAGAACUGCACUGGAUGGGUGCUCCUGCUAAGAGAGCCUUAGUGUGUUGUUUCAAGCCAGCCGUGGUCUCUUCAUCCUGAUUUAGAAUGUUGUUUUACCUGUUAUCUAUCCCCUUUCUGCUGGGGACACUUAGUCCCAGCUCUAGCUGCAUUCUGGAAGCUAGCUCCCCCGCUUCUGUUCCCCAUAAAAGACUUCUGUGCUCUCCAGCCGCCUGUCUCGGAAUGUAAUUCUGUUGUGCCUUGGUUUGUCACCCACCCCUCAAAAGCGACUGCAGUAAGCUUUCUCUACUUGUCUCUUCUAGCCCCCGCCCCUUCCUGCCUCCCUUUCCAGCCCUGAUUUCUGGAUGCACUUGUGUGAUCCGGGUACUUUAAGAACCGGUUACCUCAGACCUCACGUUGAACGGUGUCUCCACCUGGGCUCUCUUGAUAACUGCCGACUCUUACCACACGUGCAGAAGGCCCACUGAGUGUGGGCACUGACUCGUUUUAAAGCAAAACUCUUCCCAGAUGGACCGGGGGCUUCUGGCAAGCCUGCCCUGGCGCUGCGGGGGGGGGGGGACUGGUUGGGCAUGUCAUCUGAACGGUGCUUCCUGUGUCCUGUGCAUUCUGCCGUGUUCAGUAUUCUCAUGUGUCUGAAUAGGCAAAGCAACCUAACUAGCUGGUCUCGCACGCAAAUGAGCUCCAAAGACCAGCUCUUUGUAACGCCCGCAUUUCCAGUCUCCAGAGCUCAGACCUAGAACAUUCCGUCAAACAGCAGGGUAGAAGCCCCACCCCCACCCCCAUCCACUGCCACAGUGCGUUCUGGGAAGAUGUCUGUAGUGUAUGUUGCUGUGGAAUUAGGCCUUGUGGGAUAUGGCUGCUUGUCAUUUUGAUGUAUUUUAAAUAAAUAUAUAUAUAUAUUUUUAAAGAGCCUUUUUUACCAGUUCAGAAAGCUUAAUUAACCAGCUGUCAUCACCUGAAUUUUUGUCUCUGGGGCACAGACGGCAGGGUGAGAUUAAAAGUGGUAACUCAGUCAUGAGUUGCCUGCCCUGGGCUGCCCUGCUGUCCCGCUGACCAUGGGACACUAGGGUCAGCGUGCACCUGGUGGGUUUCAACUCAGCCCUCCAGGUGUCUGGUGUCUGCCCUACUUAGCGGACUGCUGACCUCAGUCCUCGCAAGUGCUUUAGCCCUAGUGGGGUUUUCCCAGAGCACUGCCACGAGCGAAGUGUAUGAGUUUAGCCAAAUAAUUUCUCCAUAAGGGAAAAGCGUUACAGAGACCAGAGUAGGAAACACGAGUUGUCAGAGGCCGCCUGGGAGCAAGCAGUUGUCACGUGGGCAGAGACCUCAGUUGAAAUGCCAGGCCCACCAACAAGAGCGCAAUGACUAAAAUGCCGGCGGCUUGCUUUCCCUCGCUUUUCUUGUCCAGAAUUCUAUAAAAAUGCAAAGACAGUUGGGUGGUACUUGAGAACUGAAGGCGAGGGUUACUGCAGAUUAGCAACAGACUUGGAGAUUUCAGUGCCAUGACACAAAUCCACACGAUGCCAUUUUCAACUGUACAAGAGAAUCUGCUUAUGAAUGCGACACGGUCCCAACAGUGACGUUAGAGGCCAUUUUCACCUGCUGCUCUUUUUCCACAACUGCCCUUGAAUCUGUCUUAGUUGUGCAGUACUGCAAACUCACCUUGCGUCGAGUUUGAUGUCCAUUCCCGUGGAGAAGAGCAUUUGGCAUGUGACAGACAGUGAGUUGGAAAUAGAGCAGAACAUCGAAUUUUGCAGGGACAGUUUUGGAACCAACAGAAAAUGUCACUUUUUAUUUACCAUCUUAUAUAUCAGUUUUACCAGCUACUUCUAAAUUUGUACAUUAUUUGGAAGAAAAAAAAAACUUAAGACUUGUCUAACUUAGUGGAGAAUGUGUGUGCUGCCCUUAGGAUGGGUAGCUAAGUCUCACUGAGCUGUGUUAUCUAACUUGUAUAUAUGAAUUGUAAUUAAAAACUUGGAUUCAUCUGUUUCUCACAGUUUAAAAUGAUGAGUCAUUGCAAAGUCUGCAAGUGUGACUAGUCUAUGAUUUCAGGCUGUGUAGACGAGAAAGCUCUCUCAAGUGCUGAAACUAAAAACUUCUAGUUUGGGGCUCCAGUUCGAUUGAGUACUGUUUGUUUGCCAGAAUCUGUGAGGUGUAAAUGUAGCGGGACACUUUCCACCCUUGUAGCUAUAAAACAAACAUUUUGUAGAUCAGAAAAUAGCUUGUACUACUGAAUUAACAAAAGUUAUACUAAAGUAUCAUGUCUUAAAAAAUAUAUAUAUAUAAUAUAUAUAUAUAUUAUAUAUAUAUACAGAGUUAAGCUUGUUGCUGUUACCCUGUCUGGAUUUGAAAAGUGUGCUGAUUUAUAUAUAUCUAUAUAUAUUACACACACACACACACACACACACACACACACACACACACACAAUGGCCUGAAGCAGACAUCCAUGUAAUUACAGUUGCGAAAUGCAAACGUUUUGGAAAGAACAUUGUAUCAUAGUUCAUUCAUUUGCAGUGGAUCUUUGCUCCUUUCUCCUGUGGUAAUUUUAGAAACGAGUGUCAAGUUUGAAAUUAGAUCUGCUAAGUUGGGGUUUUGCUGCUUGAAUACUGCACUGGGUCCUCAAACAAACCGAUGUGAAUGUAGUUUUCCCCCUGUGUGAAGGAGCAGCCACACCCCCCAACAGAAUAGGAGGAAAAAUCUAGAACUAUUUCAAGUUUUAUCUUUUUGUAUAUGAAAAUAAAUAAUAAUAAAUAA